CUCUCACUACAAAUCCACACAUCCAUUCAACUCGUCGUGCCAUCACUUCGACGCGAUCCAUUGCUGGCAACAUGGCGUCGGCAUCAGGGUACAACUACCAUCGAUUCGCACGCGCAGUGCUCAAGAAGGCGCGCAAGUGGGAGCCGAGCUUGACCAUUCAGCUUUAUCCGACCUACUGGCGAUUCGAGCACAGUCAAAUCAACUUCCUCUACGAUGGUCCCAUGAAGCCCUUCCUCAUGGCCCUGCGCGCCCAAGUCAUCCCGGCGUCGCUCAUUCCCUUCCUCUACGACAUCCGCCCGCCAGUCUCGUUUGUCGACGGAUGUCUAGUCAUAGAGGUGCAAGACUAUCGAAAAAAUCCAGAAGUACGGUCACGCGUCGUCAUGCGUCCGGCCCCCGAGACGCUCCCACAAACCAUCGACGCGAUGCUGGAGAGGAGACGCGAGACGUGGGAUGAUCAGAUGACUCUGGAGCUCGAGUCGAGGAUUCUCGCGGCGACCUCGGCACCCCUUUACCUCGGCACCUCGCUCCUCGCCUCACGCAACGCUGCGCUGUCUCUGGCUCUCACUGCCCCUGCAGGACCCAACCUCGCUGCGGACGGCAACUUCCGCCCUACACUCGUGUCCGGCGCCGACGAGGACAGCGAGCAAGAGACGAUCCGCAAGUUACUCGGCGCCGGUACCAGGUCGUCCGGCGGCGCGUUCCAGCCCAGCUGGUCGGUACUCCGUCUCAUGGAGCGCAUCAAGGGCCACAACAAGCAAAAGGAAGCCGACGCAGCUGCACGCCGAGCGGCUGCAGCCGCUACCGGUAACAAGCCUGGCGCGCCGCCAGGUCCUCCCCUGCCCGGUCAAGGGCCCGAGGUCGAGAAGAAGCCACCUAAGAAGAAGAAGCGACCUGCGCAGGACGACGCCGGCACCGAGGAGAAGAAGCCGGCCAAGAAGAAGAAGGCCUUAGCUGCCGCGGCAGCGGCGGCAGCUGCGCCCGAAGAGCCGGCGCCAGCGACAACCACGGGCGGCAAGAAGAAGGUCGCACCGAAGAAGGACGCCGCCAAGGCCAAGGAGGCGAAGGAGGCCGAGGCCAAGGCCAAGGAGGCGACCAAGGACGCGGCCAAGGACAAGGGCAAGGACAAGGACAAGGAGAAGGAGAAGGAGAAGGAUGGCGACAAGGAGGCGGAGGCGGCGCCGAAGAAGAAGAAGAAGAAGCCGACUGCCGCGGAGAAGAAGGCCGAGGGCAAGUGAUGAGAGCAUUGGCAUGUUGUGGUGGGCAUAGAGCCUGUUGUGUAGCGUUGUAAGCAUG